ACGGCGCAGUUGAUGCAAUUUCCUCCAGCUGUUCCUACUUCUGUCGGUUCCCCACAAGAUGGCGUGCUCUGCUUCCGUUUGAAAGCUCACCGGAAUUGUUUCAAGUCCACAAACUUGUGAGAUUACCAGUAGGACAUUUUUUCUUCUGCACUUUUUGAAUCAUUGACGGAUGAUAACACAUAUGAGAGAGACUUGAGGCGGCAUAGAAUGCGUCUCCACAAGAAGUAGGCUUCUUGCGUCAGCACUGGAUCUGUGAAUUGUAGCUGUAUUGUCGGAGUCGAAAGAUGCGAAAGCCUGUUGCGUCUGCGGCGAUUGAAAAGCGCAAUCUUUACCUACAUAGCUUCGAAGGCGCUAUUCUUGCAGUCUGGCGUUCCUUAGUACUAUAAAUGUGAGAAAUUGCACAAAGGGAAUAAAAUACUGCGCAGUACAAGUUGAAAAGCCACGUAGUUUUCGUCAUCAUAUUGCAGGUAAACAUAUAUUGAAAAUAUGUUCCCCGCGGCUACACGCGAGACAAGGUACAAUUGUAAUUUGCAAAAGUAAUAAGUCACGCUAAAAUAGGUUCCAUUUCUGCGUGCACUAAUUAAUCUAAUGAGAACAAACUAUUCAUUCGAUUGUGAAACCUUGACGGAGUAAAGCUCAAAAAAAAAUUUUAUAGAUAAUUUAUAUAAGACACAUUUCUAUGAUUAAUAUUUAUAAUGAAUAUUUAUGAAAAUGUUAUAUGCGGAGUUAAUCGCAGAGCCUAAGUACUGCGUGCACACACAAUGUGCGCGAUAUCAUUUCCAGUUGCAUUUGCUCAAAGACGCACGUAAGCAACUUCACUUUGACGACUAGCUGUGUGUGUCCCACUAACAGAUAGUAUAAUAUAAUAGUUAUAUUAGCUAUCUUACAGGAAUCUCAAAAAAUCAAACUAUCGUCGCAGUUUCCAAAUUCUCCAGAGCGUAGGAAUUCAUCCUUGAAACGUAUAUCACGCGUUUUCCUUAAAGCAUCAGUCAAACCGUGCUGAAAGUCUCAGAGAACACAGAAGAAGCGCCUCGCAUACUUCCUGGACGAGUCGCUUUACUCUACGCUCAACCAACACAUCCACGCAAGAGGUGACGCAAAGCAAAGCAAAGCCCACAGCCGCCAAGGUCUUCCAUGGUACCGUUCCAUCUCUUUACGACUUUAAAGCCUGCCUCACUGCGUUUGCUUAAAUCAUGAAGCGGUGUGUGCUGUUCCCCUGUCUCUCUACCCGCAAGGCGAAGCGGCGGACAUGCUCGACACCUUAGGACUAGACGCGUCCGUUCUCAGGGCCAUACAGGACUGGACUAGUGUCACCUUGCAUGCAUUAGCAGUGUGUGCGUUCGGGAGCCUCGUUUGGAUAUGUGGAUCCCGCUAUCGAACGUUCCGACGUCAGGUUCGAAUGUUAAGGUCUGUGCCAGACGAGCGUAUAAAUACCAUCGUCUCCGGUAUAAGCAAAGUUGUUGCUGUCCUGCGCCACCCACUGGAACCUUCAACUGUUAUGCUGGAGGCGUUCUGCGGCUUCACGCAGCUUGUGAGCAAAGAGGGCAUCUACCAGUUCUGGAUAGGCCUUCAACCGUUCGUUGUGCUCCACAAGGCAGAGAUGGUUGAACCACUCCUCAUUCAUCCGAACAACUUGACCAAGACGGUCGAGUACCACUUCUUGCAUCCAGUGCUACAACAAGGGCUUCUGACCAGUUCUGGACCAAAGUGGCGUGAGCGCAGGAAACUCAUCACGCCCGCGUUCCAUUUCCGCGUCCUCGAGAGCUCCAUAGGCAUCUUCAACAAACACGCUGCAAUUAUGGUGCAGAAAGUGCAGAAAUCAUUGCGUGAGCCCUCCAUCGACAUCGUGCCCUUACUAACUAUGUGCAGCCUAGACAUCAUUUGCGGCAAGUACCGUCAUCUAAGGGCCACUUCUGUAGAAACGCGGUGUACCACUUUUUUUUUAACGAAUUUGAACGUUCUCGCUCUUCAGAAUCUGCAAUGGGAAUCAACUUGGGUGCACAGGACGCUUCUGAACACCGUUACAUCAAGAGUUUGCACGCGAUUAUUCCGUGGCUGCAUGGACCGUCUGAGCAGGCCGUGGUUGUGGUGGGACCUGGUUUAUGGGCUCACGAAUCGCAGCAGAGAGUUCAAUUCCAAUGCCAAGGAAGUCAAUGCGUUCAUAAAACACGUUAUUCGUCAGCGAAAGAAAAUGUUAGCGGAAAAGAAACUCUCCCUCAACGGCGAAAACGCGCAAAAAAGCUCUCGCCCAUUCCUGGACCUUCUGCUGGACCAUCAUCUUGAAGAUCCUUCAUUCACGGAAGACGACAUAAAUGAAGAAGUGAAUACGUUCAUGUUUGCGGGCCACGACACAACGGCAGCAUCAACAACAUACGCCCUCUUCCUCCUGGGGCUGGACGCAGAAGCUCAAAGUAAAGUCCACGAAGAACUGGACGCCAUCUUCGGAAGCGACACCAAACGCCCUGUGUCAAGAGAGGACAUGGCAAGCAUGAAGUACAUGGAAUGUGUCAUAAAGGAAUCUCAGAGACUGUACAGCACCGUUCCACUGUUCGGUCGGAUGAUAGAGGAGGACCUUACGAUAGCGCACCACAAGAUACCACGUGGGACGACGUGCAUUAUUUUUGCUCAAAUGGUUCACCGCGACCCAGAGUAUUAUCCAAACCCGGACGCGUUCGACCCCAGCAGGUUCCUGCCCGAAAACAGCAAAGGGAGGCAUCCGUUCGCCUUUGUGCCAUUUUCAGCUGGGCCACGAAACUGUCUAGGUCAAAAGUUUGCUAUGAUGGAGGAAAAGGUGCUUCUGGCCACAGUGCUCCGACACUUCAGCGUGAAGUCGCUGUUCGGAAGAGACAAGCUAAUCCUCGUGCCACAGCCCAUCAUGCAUCCACGAUCAACAAAGGGGGGUGUACACUUAAAGUUCACCAAACGACAUUGAUUGCCUCGUUGAUGAAGCGUCAACACAUUGGUGUCCAUUCCGUCAUUUGUGGCUAUUGUGUUACUGGAAGUGUGAGUGACUUCAUAUGUAAUUAUUGUGGGGAACGAAUUAAAGUUCCACG